CCCCCGCCGCCUCGCGCCCGCGCGGCCCCCGCGGCCGCCGCCUCGGGUGCACGGCCCCCGCACCGCUGUAAUUUUGACUUGUAGUUGCCAUGCUGUGUUCUCACCUCUGUACUGCUGAAUGUUUAUGCAGAUCCAAAGCAAAUACGGGGGCUCCAGUAAAGUCAUGCUCCGUAAUCAGUCAGUAGCUGAGACCACGUUCGGGAAGAUGUCUGGUCUCAUUGGAUCAUUUAUAACAUUUCCUAAGAAGGAUGAGUCUAGAGAACCGUUGCGUCGGCAGACAAGCAACAUGGAUUUAAGAGCAAGAGGCUCUGAUGGUUCUACCAGUAUGCCUUCACUUAGGAAAAACGCCUCUGUAUCAUCCGACAUGAGCGAUCUUGCCUCACAAUGUUCAGGACAUUCAGUGAGGCGAACCAGCAGCUGGUGUUUCGAUGAGAAAGUUCUGAUACAGUCACUCUACAAGGAGCCUAUUACUGACAGACUUGGUGAAGCUCAUGAUUACUUACACAGGUGCAUACACGUGAAAUGAUUACUUACACAGAAAUAGUAAACAGUGCAUGUCUAAACAAUGAUUACUGGAGCUAUAUGAAGAAGAUUCCUCCUUUUUUUUAGCAGGCAU